CAUGCGUUCAACGUGUAAACGGUACUUGAGCGCGGAUAACUGCGUCACACAUACCGUAUGUAAAAUACAAUACGGGGUGGCGAUCCGUUUAUCCGUAUGCGAGCGUGUACAAAGUAUCGGCGUCAGUACGCGAUAAUUAGUAAUUUCCGUUAGUCGCUAUUUGUUUCUCCUCUAGGCGAUUACCUUGACCUCUAUCUCCAACUCGAAGCGGGUAUGUAUGUGUUUGUCGCGACGAUUUCGAAAGGUUAUUCCACGUUCCUUAACCUAAUGCACGCAUCAGUCGUUCGCGGUAUCGUUGAGAUGUGAUUCGAAAGCGACAUUGUGUCUGUCCUCGAAGGGAUUUAUUAUUUCCUUGACGUUGCACUCGCAAUCUCCGAUGGAGGGAAAAAUGUCUGAGCAAUUCCUAGGCUGUACAGUUUCUGUAAAGUGUAUCGAUGAUCUUGGAACUUAUCAAGGUAAAAUUAUUGAUCUAAAUAAGAAUAGCCUUACAUUGGCAAAGGCAUUUUGCAAUGGUAUGCCGCACACUUCCUCCGUUGUUAAGUUGAGUGUAAAAGAUAUAUACAACGUUGAGAUUAUAUCAACGGAGGAAGUAGGGACGAACGAUGUCCAAGCUCAGAGUAAGGUGAUUGUAAAGAGGCCCAUCGCCAAAAGAGCAGGGAGGUCGAUUUCGGAAAGUGUUUCAUCCAUGAUGCAAGCUGGCGGUUCUCAGCCGCAAACGAAUUUCAGAAAACCUGUGGAGCCCAAUCAACAACAAGUAGAGCAAACCACAAACGGGAAAAUUAUAUCGGUGGAAAGUAACAUACCAAACAACAAAGCUAUUCCAAAGAGAUUGACUCACAGACAAAGGGCAUUGGAGAGAGAUGAGCACACCUUUGGUACUCCGAUCGAUCAAUCCCUGAAUCAAGACUUUGAUUUUGAAAAGAACUUGGCUUUGUUCAACAAAGAAGCUGUAUGGCAAGAAAUCAAUUCCCUUAAGCCGGACAUCGUUCGACAGUCGGAAAACAACAGGGGCACCACUGCGAUCUACCGACCCGACGAGAACAUUCUCGUGUCCGAACCGACGAUGCUGCAUCAGAUCGUAGUGCCUUGCUCCGGCGAGAAGGAAUACGUGACCGAUAACGGUUUGGUCAUUCCUAGCAUCACCCUCAAUCUCCAUCGCCAGUUGAUAGGUGCUGCGGACAGAUUGGGGAUAAGUUGGGAACGUAGGGUGGAACUUCUCGGGCGCGCUGGUGCUGAACUCAUCCUGCAGCUACUGGGUGGGAGUCAUCGGUUGAAUCCAAACAACGCGCACCAGUGGCCGACGGUAGUCGCGCUGUGCGGUCCCCACCGUUCCGGCGCAGCCGGCAUUAACUGCGCCCGCCAGUUGUCCAGCCACGGCGUCAAGACGAUCGUGUUCGUGGAGAAUUCGGAGGACGUGUUCCUGUUGCAGGAGCUCUCGCUGUACAGGCUAACGGAGAACAAAGUCGAGACGAAGGUGAAGAACCUGCCUGCUCUCGUCGAUCUCAUCCUCGUGGCCCUCUGCGACGAGGACUCGUCGCGGAUGAUCACCCCGAUCGCGAGAUGGGCCAACAGCAACAGAGCGCCCGUUCUCGCGAUCGAGCCUCCGGCGACGGGUACACCCGGUAUCAUCAGUAAAUUCAGCUUACUGGGAGCCCUGCCGUUGUCGCACAGCGCCGACAACGGCAGAUUGUAUCUGUGCAACUUGGCGUUGCCGAACAAGGUGUACUCCGACGUCGGGAUCACGUACAAAUCGCCGUUCGGCCCGAAGUUCGUAAUUCCGUUACAUUCCAACGACUCUUAGCAGAUUCUCAGCAGCCACGUCGUGUCUUUUUAGAUAGACGCUUUUCUCUCAUUUCACCCGAACCGCGCGCUUCUCGUGUGGACGGGGCGAUGUUCGCUACCAUCCACCACGGCUUCGGGCUUGUCGGGGGCUAGUUGAAAUGGCGCGAAGAUAGAUACGGUGUUUCAUACGGAAUUUCUACGGCGGACUUUCACGGUGGCUUCAACGUGCACCCCUUUCUCGUCUCUCCCUCCCCCACACACAUACAUUCUCUCCUAUGUCGUCGUGUAAUGUCCGCGACCGGACGUUGUAACGCAACGCGUACCGCGUCUCCUGUUGCGCCUGUCGAUAAGUUAGAGGGUUGUACUGCAUUUUAUAAUAGUUAUCGCAUUAUUACGGGACACACGCGCGCGUGUUACACAGGUGAAGAAAACUGGAAAAGGCAAAAAAAGAGAGAGAUAGUCGUUUCGCCCGCCCGAGGAUGCGAGAGAGCUUGUGCGGUCAGCAGUUUUAUUGGUGUCAAGCGUAUGUGACAGAAAAAAAAUAUAUAUACUUAUAUAUAUAUAUAUAUAUAUAUAUUGUGUGCGUAGAUAAAGCGGGAAAACACGCAGAAAAUGUACUCGUAAAUUACUUCCUUACGGUCAUAGUUCCAUUAUUAUUGCGGCACGAUUUCGUGACAGUGUACACACGUUUGAUACGUUUGAGAGGAGAACAAAUAGUGACACACGCCACUCUGCACGUCUCGCGUGUCCGCGGUUUGUUUAUAUCGAACGCACGAUGUGGAUCAAGGAUUAAAAACGCGACGAGUCCUCGCGAGUCACUGACGAGACACUGAAUCCCCGCAGUGUACCCUCGCGUUCGUUAGGUCUAAGCAAUGAGCAUGUAACAAACACUAUAAGCGCGUAGAGCCGUUAUUGAGUUAUCCGAUGUUGCGUGGUACGGGGAGAACUUUACAGCUGGAGAAGAAGAGAAGCAUUAGGAAUGAAAGAAGAAAAAAGGAAAAAAAAAAGAAAGAGAAAUCGGAAAACGUUAGAUGAUGACUUGUGCA